AUGGCUGAAAGUCGACCAAAAAGUCAUAAUUUGACUGAAUUAGAAGAGGAGGUGCUUAUUCAAUAUAUUAUUGAUAUGGAUGAUAGAGGAUUUGCCCCUAAAUUAAAUAGUGUGGAAGAUAUGGCGAAUUAUAUGCUCGAAACACGGGGUGCGAAGAAGGUUGGAAAGCUCUGGGCUCAUCGCUUUGUAAAACGAUGUUCAGAAUUAAAGAUGCGUUUUAAUCGUGUUUAUGACUUUCAAAGAGCUCUUUGCGAAGAUCCAGAGCUUAUUGAAGAUUAUCAAAUUGAAGGAUUUAUCAAGGCUCAUAUCAAUCAUAUCUCUAAGGUUGAAUUCUUUAUAGCUUUCAAAGCUGCAUAUCAACAAUCGAUUACUAUUCAGAAUAUAAAAGCUGGUUUUCGAGAAGCAGGUCUAAUACCAUUUGAUCCUCAAUCUAUACUCUCAAAACUAGAUAUUAGGAUUCGUACUUCUACCCCUCCAUCUACCUCCUUGGAACUUACCAACUUCUGGAUCUCUCAAACCCCUCACAAUCCAACUGAGGCUCUUUUACAAUCAACUCUAGUAAAAGCUCGAAUGGCUCGUCAUCAAUCAAGCUCUUCUAUACCUAUAUUUGAGACUGUGCAAGCUUUAGCUAAAGGUACAGAGAGACUAGCAUAUGAAGUUACACUUUUGAGUGCUGAGAAUCUCGAUGCUGUAGUAAGUGUGGAAAGACUGGUCAUAAUUCAAGAACCUGUCAAAAUAAUGCAAUAG